UCUCAAAGUCUAACCUAUCGACGCUUUGAUCAAGGAAACAGGGUUGAGAUAUUCUGGUGUAAAAAAGGAGAGACUGAAGAGGCUGGCAGCAUCAUGGAUCAAGGAGCACCACCUCGGAAGAAUCGAAGUUUCAAAGAGGAAACGAAAUCUCAGAACUGGUUCCAAAGACAGUUCUCUAGGCAAAUGAGUCGGGAUGAUCAUCCAAACAAUAUAAUAGAGCAUACAGCCGCAGUGGCAGCAGUUGCAUUGGCCAUCAAAAGACUUGAAGAAAUAGGCAUCCCAGAUCAGAAAGAGUUGAGGGAACACCCUGAAACCUCUUCGAUCACAAGCAAAAGCAAAGAGGAGGAUAAACCAAGCUUGGCCCCUGAAUUUGGUAGGGUAUCCAAGCGAUUGCCAGGUGAAACUUCAAUCAAAGUAUCAGAAGGCCAAGAUAGCAAGAUUCAAAUAACUGCUGCAACGACUGAAAAGAUUCCCGAAAAGCACAUUCGGCCUGCCCCUUCAAUUAAAAAGGCUCCAACUUUUGCCGAGCACUUGAACAGCACUGUCAUCAUACAACCUGAAACUGCAGCACCAGAACCUGAACUGCCUGCCACCAUUAAACCAGCAAUGCCACCAAAUGAAAUCCAAAGAAAGAGUUCAACAAUACCUUUAAUCCCACCAACUGACGCCCAAGAGCAGAGUACAAUGGGAUCUUUAAGGGAUGAAACAAAAGCAGACGAUUGGGAAAAGGCUGAGUUUGAUAAGAUAAAAAACCGGUAUGAGAAGCUAGAAUCCACAAUAGCUUCCUGGGAGAAAAAGAAGAAGGCAAAAGCCAGAAGCCGACUAGAAAGGACAGAGAGUGAAGUGGCAAGAAAAAGGGAAAGAGCUCUAAAAGAAUACGGUAACAACAUCAAAUACAUUGAUCAGUCUGCAGGAGCAGCAAAAGUGAAGGCAGAGGAAAGGCAAAGGAAUGCAGAGUUAAAAGCAAAAGAGAAGGCAAACCGAAUUAGAACUACUGGGAAAGAUCCUAAUACAGGUUUAUGCUGCUGAAAAUAAAGAAUCCCAAUUCAUAUGUUUUUUACAGACAAAAUGAAAUCUUAGAAGUUCUGCAAGCUGUAAACGUUCUCUCAGGCCAAUGGAAACUUCUUUAUAUGAUUUGCCGUUCAAUAUCAAAGAGAAUUUGCCUUUAAGAGCUAAAAGUAAGAGAUUCAAUAAUUACAUUGA